GCUCCCCGCUGCUGCCGCUCAGACCCCAGCCUCCAGCUGCACCCACAGACCUGAGCUGUUGCCGCUGCCCUCCCUGGGAGCCCAGCAGCUCCUACAACCCGGCCCAAGGCCGACAGCCACUGGCCUGGCCCCGUGCCCUGGUGCCCACUUCUCCUGACCCCUCGGCCAACACCUCAGAAGGCUGGAGCAGGGACGCCGUCGCUCCGGCCGCCUGCUCCCCUUGGGUCCCCGCGAGAGCCCACGCCGGCCCCCGCGCCCGCCUGCUGCCCUCCCUCUGGACACCGGAUAGAGCCCUGUCCACCACGCCCGGCCGGACAGCAUGUACCACGGCUCGUGCCCUCCGUUACUGGCCCUGCUGCUGGUCGUCUGCAGCCUCAGCCACACAGGUCUUGGCGAAGCAGUCCAUUGUGAUCUUCAACCUGUGGAUCCCGAGGAGAGCGAGGUGACAUACGUCACGAGCCAAGUGUCCAAAGGCUGUGUGGCCCAUACUGCCAACACCACUCUGGAGAUCCGAGUCCUCUUCCUGGACUUCUCAAGGGAGGUGUCAGAACUGGAGCUGACAGUCCAAGCACCGAAACAAGAAGACCCUACUCCCCGAGAGGUGCUCCUGGUGCUCAGCGUGACGAAAUCUGUCCUUCUGCGUCUUCACACCCAAGGGACCUCACUCCGCCUGGCCUCGGGCCCUCAGGUUAUUCUCCAAGACCCCUUAGGAGUCAGUAAUACUCCACUGCCGUCCUUACCGUCCCAGAGUGAGCUGCUCAACUGGGCAAAUGGCCAGGGCUUCGUGGCCUUGGUGGCCCAGAUAAGCGAUCCUCGGAGCAUCCUUCUCCGGCUGGACCAAGCCCCCGGGUCACCUACCACUUGUAAGCCGGAGCUCCACAUGGACAUGGGCCACACUCUGGAGUGGAAGCCACGCUCUGGGGUCACCGUCCAGAGCUGCCGGUUGGAAGGGGUGUCAGGACACAAGGAGGCACACAUCCUGAGGGUCCUGCCUGGACCAGAAGCCAAGCCUCAGACAGUGACCGUGAAGGUGGAGCUGAGCUGCCCUUUGGGGGACCCCGACGCCUCCGUGCUCAUCCUUCAAGGCCCACCCCAUGUGUCCUGGCUCAUCGACUCCAACCACAACAUGCAGAUUUGGACCACAGGCAAAUACUCCAUCAAGAUCUUCCCGGACAAGAGCAUCCCUGGCUUCAAACUCCCCGAUACACCCCAAGGCCUGUUCCAGGAAGCUCAGAAGCUCAACGCCAGCAUUGUGGCCACCUUCGCUGAGCUGCCCCUGGCCACUGAGGUGUCCCUGCUUGCCCACAGCUGCGGUGGCAGGUUGCAGACUACCUCCGCACCUGUCCAGACCACCCUUGCCAAGGAACUUAUGUGCAACCAAGAGCUGCUGUUGUCUCUCCUCCAGCCAACAUGCACCCAAGACGCCAUGACUCUGGUCCUCAAGAAAGAACUCAUCGAGAAGUUGGGGUGCGCCAUCACCGGAAUGAGUUUCAAGGACUCCAGCUGCCAAGCUGAGGACCAAGGUGACAACUUUGCCCUGCACAGCACUUUCUCCAACUGUGGCAUGGAAGUGACAGAAAACAUGGUCAGAAAUGAGGUGGUCCUCAGCCUUCUGAUGAGUCCAUCGCCACAGCGGAAACCAGUGUACUGCAUCAGCCUAAGAGACCUCUCGUUCCAGUUGGGCCUCUACCUCAGUCCCCACUUCCUCCAGGCUUCCAACACCAUCGAGCUGGGCCAGCAGGGUUUUGUGCAGGUCAGCAUGUCUCCAUUCAUCCCUGAGCUUACCCUCCAGCUCGACAGCUGCCAUCUGGAUCUGGGGUCUGGGGGAGACAAGGUGGAACUCAUCCAGAACCAGGCUGCAAAGGGCAGCUGUGUGAAUCUGCUGGCCCCCGGGCCUGAAGGUGACAAGCGCUUCAGUUUCCUCCUCCGGGGCCACAUGGUCCCCACACCCACCGUGGGCAUCCUUAGCUGCUCCAUAGCUCUCCGACCCAGGAGUUGGGGCAUGGACAUCUUCAAGACUGCCUCCACCCGCCUGAACAUCGUGGGGCCUGGCCUGCCUGGCAAGACCCUCGUCCUGCCCGCCGUGUUGGGCAUCACCUUUGGCGCCUUCCUCAUCGGGGCCCUGCUCACCGCCGCACUCUGGUACAUCUACUCGCACACGCGUCCCCCUGGCAAGCGGGAGCCCGUGGUGGCGGCGGCUGCCCCGGCCUCGUCGGAGAGCGGCAGUACCAACCACAGCAUCGGGAGUACCCAGAGCACCCCGUGCUCCACCAGCAGCAUGGCCUAGGCCCCCAGAGACUGAGCACCCCGCCAGACCUGCCCUCUGCUGUGCACCCUGCCAGCCGCCCUCUCAGAGUCCUGUUGAUCAGUGGCGGGACCAGUGUGGAAUGUCACGGGGUUCCCCUACCCCACCCCCAAGGAACCUUCGAACCAAAUGGGCCUGGAAGAAGGCUGCUGGGGCUACAGAGAGAUGCCACCGCCCUUGAAUGCCCAGGUCUCUGCCAUUCGAAUAAGGAACUAGCACUGAGAAAGGCUGGACAGGAGGAGAACUGAGAGUCGGCCCAGCCCCACCAGGGCCCAGGUGCCGUCUCUGGGCAGCGGAAGAAUGUCAAAUGUCACCCCAAGACUCACCGUCUGGUUGAUCCCUGAGGCGCCCACACCUGGACUGGCACAACUUUGGUGGGAAACAGCCCGGGGGACAGAGCUCAGGACUACCCAGAGCCCCUGCCUCUCAGUGCACCAAGCAGGUGGCAGAUUGAGGGGUUCAGACUUUCUGUUCUGGGCAUACCCCAUAUAUUCUCCACCAAUAAAUCAGACUGAAACCCA